AUGGCCGGGGCGGCGGCGGCGGGCGGGGAGCGGCGGGCGGCGCUGACGGCGGUGCGGACCGAGGGCUCGGGGACCCCCGCGCGCUGCUGCCGCCGCCGCCUCCAGAACUGCCUGUACAACGUGCUGGAGCGGCCCCGCGGCUGGGCUUUCAUCUACCACGUCUUCAUAUUCCUCCUCGUCUUCAGCUGCCUGGUGCUGUCGGUCUUCUCCACCAUCCAGGAGCACCAGAAAUUGGCCAACCAGUGCCUCUUCAUCCUGGAAUUCGUGAUGAUCGUGGUGUUCGGCAUGGAGUACAUCAUCCGCGUCUGGGCCGCCGGCUGCUGCUGCCGCUACCGCGGCUGGCGCGGCCGCUUCCGCUUCGCCAGGAAACCCUUCUGCGUGAUAGAUUUCAUCGUCUUCGUGGCCUCGGUGGCCGUCAUCGCCGCGGGCACGCAGGGCAACAUCUUCGCCACGUCGGCGCUGCGCAGCAUGCGCUUCCUGCAGAUCCUGCGCAUGGUGCGCAUGGACCGCCGCGGCGGCACCUGGAAGCUGCUGGGCUCCGUCGUCUACGCCCACAGCAAGGAGCUCAUCACCGCCUGGUACAUCGGCUUCCUGGUGCUCAUCUUCGCCUCCUUCCUCGUGUACCUGGCCGAGAAGGACGCCAACGUCCAGUUCGCCACCUACGCCGAUUCCCUCUGGUGGGGCACGGUGACCCUGACCACCAUCGGCUACGGGGACAAGGCGCCGCAGACGUGGCUGGGCAGGAUGCUGGCGGCCGGAUUCGCCCUGCUCGGCAUCUCCUUCUUCGCCCUGCCCGCCGGGAUCCUGGGCUCUGGCUUCGCCCUCAAAGUGCAGGAGCAGCAUCGGCAGAAGCACUUUGAGAAGAGGAGGACCCCGGCGGCCAACCUGAUCCAGGCUGCCUGGCGCCUGUACUCCACGGAUGUCAGCCGGGCGUACCUGACGGCCACGUGGUGUUACUACGACAGCCUGCUGCCCGCCUUCAGAGAGCUGGUCCUUAUGUUUGAGCAUUUGCACCGGGUGCGCAACGGAGGAUUUAGGAAUUCAGAGGUGAAAAAAUGGCCUGACAGAGCCCCACCGCCCUAUCACUCCUUCACCCCUGCCCAGAAAAGCUUCAGCCUGGCCGUGUGUGCAGGGGAAAGCUGGAAUGAGGAGGACGCGCAGCCCCACAAGUGUUUACGCCUCAGCAACAAGAUGGGCAUCAAGGAGCGGAUCCGGCUGGGCAGCUCCCAGCGCCAGGGCAGCCGCGGCCGGCAGCAGCACCUGGGGCCGCCGCUGCACCGCUCGCCCAGCACCGAGGACGUGGCCGAGGCCUCCAGCCCCACCAAGGUGCAGAAAAGCUGGAGCUUCAACGACCGCACGCGGUUCCGAGCGUCCCUGAGGCUCAAGCCGCGGACCCCGACCGAAGCCGACUGCCCGCCGGAGGACAGCGGCGAGGAGAGGAGCUCCCCGUGCGACCUGACCUUUGAGGACAUCAUGCCCGCAGUGAAGACCCUCAUCCGGGCCGUCAGGAUCCUGAAGUUCCUGGUGGCCAAGAGGAAGUUCAAGGAGACCUUGCGUCCCUACGACGUCAAGGAUGUCAUCGAGCAGUACUCGGCCGGACACCUGGACAUGCUGGGCAGGAUCAAGAGCCUGCAGACGCGCGUGGACCAGAUCGUGGGCAGGGAUCGGGCGCUCCCCGCGGACAAGAAGGUUCGGGAGAAGGGGGAGAAGCCGGCGCUGGAAGCGGAGCUGGUGGACGAGCUCAGCAUGAUGGGGCGCGUGGUCAAAGUGGAGCGGCAGGUGCAGUCCAUCGAGCACAAGCUGGACCUGCUGCUCGGCCUCUACUCGCAGUGCCUCCGCAAGGGCUCCACGAACUCCUUCGGCCUGGCCGCGGUGCGGGCGCCGCCCGGAGAGCCCGACAUCACCUCCGACUACCACAGCCCCGUGGAGCACGAGGACAUCUCCGUGUCCGCACAGACCCUCAACAUCUCCAGGUCGGCCAGCGCCAACAUGGACUGAGCGCAAGGCAGCGGGACGGACCCUGCCCGGCCGGGGUGGGCCACCGCCAGCGGCGUGGCAUUGUCCCCUCGCUGUCCCUCGCUGUCCCUCGCCGUGUUACUUGAACCAGGCCCUUCCUUGGAGGGGACACGGCUGCAGCGGGGCGCCUGUGGCACGGCCAGCCCACGCUCCUGGGAUGUCCUGGGAUGUCCUGGGGUGCUUCUGGGAUGUCCUGGGAUGUUCAUGGGGUGUUCCUGGGACGUCCUGGGGUAUUCUUUAAGUGUUCCUGGGAUGUUCCUGGGAUGUCCUGGGAGGUUCCUGGGAUGCUCGUGGGAUGUUCCUGGGGUGUUCUUUAAAUGUUCCUGGGAUGUUCCUGGGGUGCUCCUUAGGUAUUCCUGGGAUGUCCUGGGAGGUUCCUGAGAUGUUCCUGGGAUGUCCUCGGAUGUUCCUGGGAUGUUCCUGGGAUGCCCUGGGAUGUUCCUGGGACACUCCUGAGAUGUUCCUGGCUUCCUGCAGGAUGACACCGCCCAUCUCUGGGGUCCUGGGUGCUCCCCAGCUGUGGUGGAGCUGCUCCGGGCCAGCCCCAUCUCCCGGGGUUUGGUUUGAACCCCAGCCCUCAGGACAGGUCCUGCCUGGUCCCCCAGGGCUGAGCCGGGGCCACCACCAGCUAUGCAAGGCCCCACCUCCCUCUUGCUGCCAGUGCAGGGGCGUGGGGACAUGACCCAGCGUGGUUUUACCCGCCUCACUCGGGGUCCCCAGCCUGGGGGAGCAGGGGACCGUCCCCCCUCACCGGGCUGCACCUCUCCAGAAGCACAGCAGAGCCUUCUGCCUGCCCGUGCAUGCUCCCAGGGCAAUAUAUAUAGGAGACAUAUAGAUAGAUAGAUAUAUUUAUGCAAUAAUGUCUUAAUAUGCAACACCCCUGGGAAGAGCAACCCCAGGGGACACAGGCAAUAAGCAACCCCCCGCCAUCUCCCAGCGCUGGGCUGUGCUGCCCGGGAGGGCCCUGGAGGCCCUGAGGGGGAAAAUCUCCACCCGAGGGUGGCCCUGGAGCCAGGGGGCUGAGCAGGGGCUGUGGCUUUGGGGCAGUGGGGUGCAGGCACAGGCGCUGUCCCCAAGGAGCGUCCCCUCCCGCUGUGUGCCGGCCCCUGCUCCUGCUCAGAGGAUUCCGUCCCGGCUGGAUCCCGCUGCGCUCCGUUUGUCCCUGCCCGCGUCCCUGUCCCCUCUGUGGUCCCGGGGAGCACGGGCCGGGCCUGGAGGGGGCCAGCCUGGUGGGGACAGGGCGGUGUCCUUGCAUGUCACCUGCAGCAGAGCCACCACGCCAGCUCCCGCGCUGCGCUGCCCCUGCUCCCAGUCCCAGCGCUGCUUCCCAGCCCCGCAACACCGGGCUUGUGCCAAAGCCCCGGGCUGGGGCUGGGGCUGCAGCCGAGGCUCCGGGGGGGGCUCGGCAGUGACCCCACAGUGCCGGGAUCUGUCCUGAGCCUCUCCCACCGCUCCCCUCGCUGCCAGCGCCGCUCCUCUCCGGGCUUUGCAACUCCUUUUCCCGUGCCUCUGCCCCGGGCACUGGGGACCCCCCGACCCUGCUCGUUCCCUCGCCCCGUGAGAGCAUGGAAUUAACCCUUAGGACCCCUCUGCCGGGGCUGGCUGGUCCCCGCAGCCCUCCCCCGGCCUCGUCCGAGCCAGCUGUAGUUACCUCACUCGAUUAACUUAUUUGUUUCAUUAAAAUUUGGAGUAGAG